UAGAAGCAUUCGUAAGGCCCACAACUACUUACACUUCCAUUGCCACUCUACUGGCCAACUGUGGGUUUACUGUGGUCCAAUUGUGCACUAGGCGCAUUUUAGGAUAAUUAGCAACUAUGGCACAGACUCAGCUUGCCCAGGGCACCCGCGGCCAGGUCUCAGGCCGCCCCUUCCAGGCCCGACCUGUUCGUUCUGCGCGCCGCCUGGUCAUCCGUGCUGCGGAAGCCAAGGAGAUUGUUUUUGACCAGGAGUCCAGGCGGAAGCUUCAGAUUGGCAUUAACAAGGUUGCCGAUGCAGUCGGCGUCACGCUUGGCCCUCGCGGCCGCAACGUAGUGCUGGAGCAGAAGUUCGGUGUGCCCCAGGUCAUUAACGAUGGCGUUUCCAUCGCCCGUGCUAUCGAGCUGAAGGACCCCGUGGAAAAUGCCGGCGCGCAGCUAAUUAAGGAGGUUGCUGGCCGCACCAACGACGCCGCUGGCGACGGCACCACCACCGCCUCCGUGCUGGCCCGGGAGAUGAUCCACUUCGGCCUGCAGUCCGUGACCGCCGGCGCCAACCCCAUCGCGGUGAAGCGGGGUCUGGAGCGCACCUCGGAGUACCUGGUGGCCAAGAUGAAGGAGCACGCCAAGCCAGUCAAGGGGCGGGAGGACAUCAAGAACGUCGCCGCCAUCUCGGCUGGCAACGACAACUUCAUUGGUGAUAUGAUCGCUGAUGCGCUGGACAAGGUCGGCUCCAACGGCGUGCUGUCCAUCGAGACCAGCAACAGCACGGAGACGGUGGUGGAGGUGCAGGAGGGCAUGGAGAUCGACCGCGGCUACAUCUCGCCCCAGUUCGUGACCAACCAGGAGCGCCUGCUGGUGGAGUACGACAACUGCAGGGUGCUGGUGACCGACCAGAAGAUCGAGUCCAUCCGCGACAUCGUCCCCAUCCUGGAGCAGGUGACACGGCUCAACCAGCCGCUGCUCAUCAUCGCGGAGGAUGUGGCGGGCGAGGCUCUGGCCACUCUGGUAGUGAACAAGCUGCGCGGGGUGCUCAACGUGGCGGCCAUCAAGGCGCCCGGCUUCGGGGAGCGGCGCAAGGCGCUGCUGCAGGACAUCGCCAUCGUGACGGGCGCGGAGUUCAUCGCAAAGGACCUGGGCAUGAAGGUUGAGUCCGCUGUGAUCGAGCAGCUGGGUGUUGCUCGCAAGGCCACCAUCGGCAACAACUCCACCACCCUCAUCGCCGACGCGGGCAGCCGCGAGGAGAUCGAGAUGCGCAUUGCGCAGCUGAAGAAGGAGCUGGCGGAGACCGACAGCGUGUACGACACGGAGAAGCUCAGCGAGCGCAUCGCCAAGCUGAGCGGGGGGGUGGCGGUAAUCAAGGUGGGUGCCGCCACGGAGGCCGAGCUGGAGGACCGCAAGCUGCGUGUGGAGGACGCCAAGAACGCCACCUUCGCGGCGGUGGAGGAGGGCAUCGUGCCGGGAGGCGGGGCGGCGCUGCUGCACCUUUCCGAGCUGGUUCCCGCCUUCAAGGAGACGCUGUCGGACCCCGAGGAGCGGCUGGGCGCCGACAUCGUGAUGAAGGCGCUGCGGGCGCCCUGCCGCCUCAUCGCGGACAACGCGGGGGUGGAGGGCGAGGUGGUGGUGCAGCGGCUGCUGGGCAAGCCAUUCGAGGUGGGCUACAACGCCAUGAUCGACAAGGUUGAGAACCUGCUUGACGCGGGUGUGAUCGACCCCGCCAAGGUCACCCGCAACGGCCUGCUCAACGCGGUGUCCAUCGCGGGCAUCAUGCUCACCACGCAGGCUGUCAUGGUUGAGAAGAGCAAGCCCAAGGAGGCGCCGGGCGGCAUGGGCGCUGGCGGCAUGCCCGCCGGCAUGACCAUCUAAGCAGCCGCUGCAGCGCUUGCUAGGAGUGGGUAGCAGGAGGAGGAGGGUUGACAGCGGCUGCUGUAACAGCAGCAGCGGUUGGAGCGGCAGCGGCAGCGGAGUUGGCUGCGGGUGUAGAAGUAGCAGCAGCAGCAGGAGCUGGGGCCGGGGGCAUAGCAGAGGAGAGCAGAGAUGGAGCAGCCGCGGCAGGGAGCGCAAGAGGAGCCCUUGGGCGGCUGCUUGCUUGGCUGGGUGUGGGUGGCUGGGGAGCGGAGCACAGGGCAGCAGGGGGCUCCUGGCGGGUCAGAGCAGCCUGGCUGCAGGCGGUGAUGGAGUCGGAGGCUGGGGGAGGCGGAGCAGGAGGCAGGAGGCAGCAAGCCGCGGCGGUGCAGGGGUAGGUGCGACAGGGAACACCGGCAGCAGCAGCAGCAGCAGCGGCGGCGGGUUCAGGAGCUGCUGGCGGCGACUCUGCUGCGCGGACCGGCUGGGUUACAGCCCCUGUAGCGCUAGCUGCCGCUGGUGUCGCGCGGCCGCUUUUGUGCAUGCGGGGGGCCCGCGGCGGGUGGUGGCCGCCUACAGUUACUCUGCGUUUGUGCUGUAUCCGAUGCAGCAACCGAAACCGUGUGGUGUAGAGGCUGUGGUGUAGUGGCGUGUGGUAUCAUGCGGUCGCGGGCCGCCAUACUUGGGGGAGGAGGAUUAAAAUGUGAUGUGGUGAGGGUCCCGUGUUUGGGCUCCCUUGCGUGGGAACAAGGCGGGAAGCGUUGUAGGCGCGGGCAUUGCAUGUGCUACACGGAGGAACUUUGCGGUGUUUUCAUGGCAGCGCUCGGCAGCGCGUUUUGCUUUGCGUAGUAACCCAGCCGUUCAAUGAGGAGGCAGCAGUUCCGGUUGUCUUGGUUUUUGGUUUUCACAGCUUGCGGCCUUGCGAUGAGGGGAGGACGGGGAUACAGCUGGACAACGGGACCACCUGCACGCAGCAGCCCAGCAGCCGCAUGCCACCACCGCGGCCGCACCUUUCCCAGUUUUGAUUCAUUUUUGGGGGCCGGCCUCUGCGUUGUGUUGUGCAAGUGGGUCCGGUUGGGCGGCUCGCGGUGCUGAGGCUAGCUGGAGUGGGCUGAGGGACGGGAAACCCGCCAGCUGUAAGGGGCAGGUUGGGAUUGUGUGGAGCGAGGCAGGGUUCGAAGGGGCAAUGCAGGAGUGGGGCGUAUGUUGGUUGGGAUGGUCCUGUUGGCUGUUCGGGCAAACAUGUUGUUCGGACUUGCUUGCCCUGGGGCUGCUACACAUGUAGUCAACUAGACCGUUAUGCAUGUAAGGUGUAAGCG